AUGUUGGACGCUUACCUUCCUCGUACAGACAGGUGGCGUAUUUUGGCGGCCACUGUCCCCGUCGCUCUUUCAUCUGGUACAUUAUUUGUCUAUUCCGUAUAUGGAACCCAGCUUGCUGAUAAGUGCGGCCUUGACUCAUCCCUGGCAGCAAAUUUGAACAUCAGUGCCACUGUAGGCACAUCUGUGGGUGGUCUACUUGGUGGAUAUAUCACCGAUAUGUAUGGAACACAGAUUCCUGUGUUCUCGUCACUUGUGUUCGUUGGUUUGGGUUACAAGUGGCUUCACUGGCUCUAUGGCCAAGGUAUGGACGCUCCCGCAUGGCAGUUGAUUGUGGCCAUGUUUCUUGUGGGUAUAGGCUCGACGUCCAGUUACUUUGCAUCCAUUAAGGCGGUCACAGUGAUGUUUCCACAGUACAAAGGCUCUGCGCAGAGUGUCACCAUAGCGUCAUUUGCUAUUUCCAGUUUGCUCUACUCUUUUGUUUACAGUAGCGUGUUCAAGGGCGACGUCAGCAGGUUUUUGCUCUUCUUGUCGCUCUCGUCGCUAGUGAUGCAGUUUAUCGGUGUUCUUUUCGUCAGAGUCGAUGGCCACAAGACAGAUAGACCAGAUGUGCAAGGUCCAGAGCUCAAUCACGGCCCCGAAUUCGACCACCUCAUCCACGAGCGCCUGCCUUUAGUGCUGGCGUCGUCCAGUUCCGUCAAUUUACCAUCUCUUGCCGAGGACGACAAGCCAGACGGAUUGACGUUAAAGCUGCUCGACGUGAAGCACUCGUUGGUGCAUCCAAUCUUCAUCUUCCAUUUUGUUGUCAUGGCCAUUAUGCAAGGAAUAGGCCAGAUGUAUAUCUACUCGGUUGGAUUUGUGAUCAAGGCUCUCCACUACGAGUUCUCUCAUUUACCGGAAGCUCAAGGAGUGCCAUCGUUACAUUCCAUCCAAGCUCUCCAUGUUUCGCUCAUAGCCAUAUUCUCCUUCGUGGGUCGUCUUGCCUCGGGUCCAUUGGCAGAUACCAUUGUGAACAGAUUCAAGGGGCACAGACAAUGGGUGACCAUCUUGGGCGCUCUCAUCAUGUUCUUGGGCCAAUUUGCUUUAUCUUUCCCCAUCGAUAAGUGGAGCAACCAAUUGUCCACCGUCAAUACGAUUCUCUCAGUGAUUUCGUGCUUCAUUGGUUUUGCUUACGGUUUGACCUUCACCACCUUCCCAGGAAUUGUCGCCGACUUGUUUUCCUUGAAGAUCUACUCUCUCAUCUGGGGAAUCAUGUAUUCCAGUACAGUGCCAGGCUUGACCAUUUUUACUAAGGUGUUUGGCUACAUCUACGAUGAAAACAGUGUUUUUGUGGGAGGCGAUCUUGUCUGUGCCAAGGGUUCUAGAUGCUAUCUGGAGACCUUUGAGUUGACCUCAAGUCUCUGUGUGGUUGUGGCUGGAUCUCUUCUUGUCUACUUAUAUAUUGCUUCGCGGAAGAAAGGGAAUUAG